AUGUCUAGCCGCAAGGCCAAUCCACAAGAUUCUAUGGCGUCUACAUGGCGCCACGAUCAAUCCCAGUGGACAUUCUGGCACUGGAUGAUCGAAAUCCUAGGCCUACACCUUAUCGACCUCGACGCCGAAGUCCCCAUUUUCUCCAAGAAAGACAAGAUCCCCGCUAUGCGGGAGUGGUCUAUUCAUCUGUGGAUCCUACUACACGCCGCUUUCCCACUCGCUCUACACCACGUCUACACGCUCUGGACAGGCCACAACCUGAAUGUCUUCGCCGCCUUUGCUCUGUAUUCUACUUUCUUCAAAUUAAAUGGGAUCCAUGAAAUGCAUAUCAUGCGUCGACUGGGUCAGGUCUAUGGGUUCUUGGACGGCGAUAAACACCCGCGAGACGAUAUCCCGGAUGUUGGGGUGGGCAAGGUUCUUCGAGAACUGAUCUCCACGUCGGCAUUCCGGAUGAUCAUGUCCAUGUAUCUGACAUACCAGCCUGGUCAGACGCCUAUUUCGCUGCAGUGGAAGUGGCUCCCGUUGGAGAUUGGGUUGUAUAGUAUCACGGUGGAUUUUUGGUUCUAUUGGUAUCAUCGUCUGAUGCACUCGUCUGGGCCGCUGUGGAAGUAUCAUCGCAGGCAUCAUCUUACGAAGCAUCCUAAUCCGUUGCUUUCGGCGUAUGCGGAUCAUGAGCAGGAGUUUAUGGAUAUUACUGGGAUUCCGUUGCUGGCAUAUACGACGAUGAAGUUUGCAGGACUGCCGAUGGGGUUUUAUGAGUGGUGGAUUUGUUUUCAGUAUAUUGCUUUCUCAGAGUUUAUUGGACACAGUGGACUUCGGCUUCAUGGGGGUGCUCCAUCGACGGUGAAUUGGUUGUUGGAGAUGUUUGAUGCGGAAUUGGUAAUUGAGGAUCAUGAUCUUCAUCAUCGAUAUGGGUGGAGGAAGAGUCAUAAUUAUGGGAAGCAGACUCGGUUGUGGGAUAGGAUCUUUGGGACUUGUCAUGAGAGGAUUGAAAGUGUCAAGGAUAAUGUCGAUUAUACGAAUCGGGUAACUAUGCCUCUACUUUGA